UACAUCGUAGCGUAGACUAUACGGAUCAAUGCGUAUUUAUUCUCAUGUAUUUUGCCUAUUGCAAUCAUUUUAAACGCGUUGCUAUAUCCAUAUUCAAUUUUAUUAUAAAUUUAUACAGUGAUGUAACAGAUCGCAAAUGAAACAUCUCUGGAAUUAAAAGAUCCCGACACGUGAUUUCAACAUUUAAGAUUUGUUCACUGCCGGAAAUUACUUGAUUGGAAAUAAAAUGGGGAUAGAAAAUGGAGGAAGACCAAAUACCAAAUCCAACACAGAACUAGAGAAGAAUGUCGGACUCCUGUCUGCCACAGCACUUAUUGUUGGGACAAUGAUAGGUUCGGGAAUUUUCAUUUCACCAAAAGGAGUUUUGGAGGGGACCGGUUCUGUCGGAUUAAGUUUGAUAACAUGGGCUGCCUGUGGAUUACUCUCUAUGUUUGGUGCAUUGGCCUACGCGGAAUUAGGUACAAGUAUUCCAAAAUCAGGAGGCGAGCAUGCAUAUCUCAUGUACACGUUUGCAAGUGGAAAGCGAAAAAUUGGGACUUUAGUCGCAUUCCUGUAUGACUGGGUCGGAAUUUUAAUUCUAAGACCUACAAUGUUUACAGUGAUGACACUAUCUCUAGGGACCUAUAUGGUUAAACCAUUCUAUUCUACUUGUAAAGAUCCACCUGAUCUACCAGUUAAAUUAUGCACGAUAGCCGCCAUGUUGUUUCUGGCUGUUGUUAAUUCAUACAGUGUAAAGUGGGCCACAUAUUUACAGAAUAUUACCACUUGCAUAAAACUCUUUGCUAUUGUUAUAAUAACUGGCGGAGGAUUGUACAAAAUCUGUUCAGGAAACACGAUGUAUAUAGCUGAAGGUUUUCAAGACACUGCAAAGGAUCCCUCAUUAAUUGCAAUAGCAUUUUACAAUGGACUUUGGGCAUACGAAGGAUGGAAUAACCUGAAUUAUGUUACUGAAGAACUGAAAAACCCAGAAAGGAAUCUGCCGCUUGCAAUAUACCUCGGAAUACCCCUCACAACAGUGGCAUAUGUCCUCACAAAUAUUGGAUUUUUCGCUGUUAUGUCCAAGGAAGAAAUCUUAGUUUCACACGCAGUUGCAGUUACUUGGUCAAAUGAAAUGCUUGGUGUGAUGUCGUGGAUUAUGCCUGUGUUUGUCUGCUGCUCGUGUCUAGGUUCGGCUAAUGGUUGUUUAUUUGCUUCUGGAAGGCUAUGUUUUGCUGCCGCCAGAGAUGAACACAUUCCUACAAUAUUGUCAUUCAUUCAGAUUAAGAGGUUAACACCAAUGCCUUCUAUAUUAUUUACAACGACAAUUGCAAUAAUAACGCUGAUUCCGGGAGAUUUGAGUACAUUGAUAGAUUUUUACAGUUUUUCCAUAUGGCUCGGAUACGGGGUUACAAUUUUAGCCUUACUGGUUCUGAGAUAUACAGAACCCGAUCUCAAACGACCAUAUAAGGUUCCAAUUCUAAUCCCCAUUCUGGUGUUACUGAUGUCAUUUUACUUGACUUUGUCACCUGUGAUACAAACUGGUCGUGUUACAUUCCUCUAUGCUGUGUUCUUUAUUAUAUCAGGACUGAUAUUUUACUUCCCAUUUAUCUAUUAUAAAUUGAAAGUGCCCUAUUUCAGUGAGUAUUAUAAUUAUUUACUUGUUUCAUUUCUAAGCAAAUGUCAUCCAAAUUUAAAGAACGAGUUGUUGAACAUUUUUGGAACACAUUUAAACAUAAUAAAUCUUUUCGGUAAAGUAUCGCUUUGUUUUGUAUUGAAAUGCAAUUCUAUAAAAUCAAGCAAUUACUUUAAAUUGAAUUUGAGCUCUGCCCAUUUGUAUAAAUUAGAUAUUUCAUAACAGUGAUACCAAUAA